AUGUGUGGUAGAUUUGCUCAAGGUAUUAAUUUAAAUGAGUUGCCAAAUGCAUUUAAUGAAUCAGUUUAUCAUAAUGAACAAGAUACAAUAGAAGAAACAGGUGAUCAAACAUAUCAAAUUGAUAUACAUAACAAAAAGCAAAAUUUAAAAAUUGAUCUUGACUUAACAAGUUUAGAAGAUUGGAAUCCAUCUUUCAAUAUUGCACCAACAAAUACAGCAAUUAUGAUAUAUGAAUCUAUUCCAGAAGAUUCAGAUAUUACAACAAAAUAUGUAUUUGAGAAACUGAAAUUUGGUUUGAUUCCAGUAUGGGCAAAACCUCAAGAUUCAACACCAACAAAUGAAGGUAAAUCAAAUCAAGGUGAACCAUAUUCAAAAGAAUUGGGUAAAACUGAAGGUAAAUAUUUUAAUUGCAGAAAAGAAUCUUUAGAUCAACAUAGAUCAGUUUGGUCAUCAUGUAAAAAACAUAGAUGUGUUAUACCAAUCCAAGGAUAUUUUGAAUGGUUAAAAGAUAAAAAAUCAGGUGAUAAGACUCCAUAUUUUGUUCAUUCAUCCAAAGAACCUUUAGUAUUUUUAGCAGGAUUUUAUUCACAUAAUUAUAAUUAUAAAGAAAAUUUUAAUAAUCAAAAAGGGGAACAAGAAUUUUUAUCUUCUUUUACAAUAGUAACUGGUCCAGCUUUGAAAAAUGAUGAAUAUAAUGAUUUAAGUUGGCUUCAUUCAAGAAAACCAAUAAUGAUUGAACCAAAUACAAAAGAAUGGGAUGAUUGGCUUAAUCCGAAAAAUGAAUGGAACGAUGAUUUAAUUGAAAUAGUUCUUAAUUGUAAUUCCAAUAAAGCCUACGCUUCAAUAGAAGGGUAUCAAGUUUCAAAAGAUGUAGGAAAUCCAUCAAAUAAAUCAGAAGAUAUAUUGAAAAAAAUAGGUGGUAAAACUAAACAAAAUAAUAUUAAUGAUUUUUUCAAACCUAAAUCUGUAAAGAAUCAAGAUCAAGCUGAUAAAUCUAAUGAUAUUGAUGAUGAAUAUGAUUACAAAAAUACUGUUAAAAAAAGAGAUCGUGAAGAAGCUAAAGCAAAGGAAAUUAAAAAGGAAAAAGAACAUGAUAAAAAAGUGAAAAAAGAAGAAAAAGAAAAAGCUAAAGAAGAAAAGAAUAAAGAGAAAGAAGAGAAGAAAAAGGAAGAAGAAGAAGAAGAAGAUAUAGAUGAUGACGAUGGAGAGGGAGAGGAAGAGGAAGAAGAAGAGGAAGAAACUAAAAGACCUCGUAAAAAGGUCAAAAUUGAAUAA